AUGCUCCUGAACAUUCUCUCUGUUGCUGUUUGUGUUGUGCGAGCCUGUUGCCUUUUUACUGUGCCAACAACACAAAUAUUGAGGGAAAAGAAGAGCACCAUUUCCGUCCCACACAUUCGAGACACAAGUCUCUCGCCAGACGACGGCAGCGACGAAGGCGAAGAAGAACAACGAUUCACUGCGAGUCCCCCACGACAAGUCUGUGGACCACGUUGGUGUUUGCCGCUGCCAUUUGAUCGUCGUCGACGUCUGCCAGCGGCACAACGGUUUGAUUAUUUUCCAAGCUUAUUGGAGGAGGAUACUCAUCGAGGUGACAGCAGUGACCCCUCAACGGAUCGACAGCAGUAUUGGCAUUUGGAGCCAGUAGUGGAAGAAGAAGAAGAGCAAAGGAACCACAACAAUAAUAUUCAUAAUUCCCCCAUCAUGGAAGAGCGACAAGACACGCAACCGCCGGCACGAGGGCAACAGCCACAACAACAACCAGCAGCAGGGGCCAAUGAAGCAAUGCCCUUUCAGGGUGUACUCUGGAAGCGAAGAGAUGUUUUCAAGAACAAAUGGCGUCCUCGAUGGUUUGUAUUGCAGCCAGAAGAGGCCGUGUUGACUUACUAUUUGCUCUCACGGCAAGAUGCGGGAGGAGCAUCCACUAUUUCCACUCCUCUGCGAAAACGAAGCGCCACUGCAGCAUCCACUGCCAAUAAUAAUUCGACCACAACCAACAACAAUACCACCAAUGGACAAGCAGCUGCAACUGCAAGACAAAACGCAACCAAUGGUCCUCCUGUCAACAAUAACAAUUCGAUGCAUUCCGGCGUAUCAGAACUUACGACAGACAUUGCAUCCGUGUCGGAAAAUCCAGUGGACUACGAUGUCAUUCCACGGGGCACCAUGAUUCUGCUAGGCUGUACGGUAGCUGCCAAUGACAAUCUCAGCAUUCCCGAGGAAGGACUAUUUGCCUUGACUAUUGCUCCUCCCCAAGCCAAGGAAAAUGAAUGUCAUUUGGCAGCCCGCACCGAAGAAGCACGAGCUGCCUGGGUGGCUGCCUUGACCGCCGCAUGCAACGGCAAUCGAGCCGCAAACAACGGUAGUAGUAAUGGGACCACCACCCAACCACUGGGCUCUUGGACGUCACAAAGUCCUGCCGAAACGCUCUUUGAUAAUGUCCCGGCUUCACUUGCUAACAAAUUGGAGCAAUCCUUGGAAAGCCACCUGGAAUUAGUGGACAUGGCAAGUCGCAAUUGGACACCCAUCUUUCAGGAUCGCAAUGGAAUGUCGGCCUAUCAACGACAAGAUUUGCACGGUCGAAUCAUGAUGAAAUGCACCGCCACGAUACCCCAUCAUCCCAAGCAAAUUCUCAAUCUACUACUGGAUAGUGCACGGCGGCAAAAAUAUGAAGGAGGCGUGUCCGUCUCAGAGCGACUGGAGGUGCUGAACCAUUUUACCUUUUUGGAUUACUAUUCUUACAGAGCUGUCUGGCCAUUAAGCGCAAGAGAUUUCGCUGUGGCUGUUCAUUGGCAAGUUUUGCAUCGACUGAUUGCCACUGGAGAUGCGAACGACAGUGCUGACGACGACAACGACGACAACAAUCAAGGCACACGGCGGGAAGAAGCUAUUGCUAUCAUGGCCUUUUCCUGCCCAGAAGCCAACGCCCUGAAAGAACCAAGUUCCUCCAAUGUACGGGCGACACUGCAUGCUUCCUUCUAUCUGUUGCGGUUAGUGACAAAAAAUAAUGGCGAGGCCCAGUGCAAUCUCACGCGAAUAUUGAGCUAUGACCUGGGGGGACAAAUCCCGCAAAACUUGGCUACAACGGUGCUAAUGCAGCAGGCUGGACUUCCAGGAGUCAUCACAGAUCAUUUGAAGUUUGUAGAGCCAACACCAGAGGAUCGCCUAUUGGCCAAUUCAGAGGGACGUCCCAUGACGAACGAAGAAGUCGACAGAGAUGUGGUGGAAGCCAUUGUCCAAAAAGAGGACUCAGCCCUGGUAUCCAGCGCGCGUCGAAGAUUGAGCUUUGACCAGACGACAACAACACAAGCCUCCCCUACGGAGACUCCACCAGGGGAAUCCGAGGCUUUCGUUGCGGGAACCGAGAUAUCCAUCCUACAAUCCGCCCUGAUUCUUCUCAUGCCACUAAUGCUUCACCGCUGUUUGUCAUCAUCUUGGCUGAUCAUCUCUUCGGGUAUCUUUGAAUUUGGGUUUUUGCAUCCUGCGCUUAUCUUUUGCUGCUCUGUUUUCUUGGCGAUUCGAUACGUGGUGUUAAGAUCUUUGGGACCCGCGGCGCCCUCGGACAAGUCACGACAAUUGCAGUUUCACCAAGGAGGCCCCGUCACUUGUCAGGUAUCGGUUGACCUCAAGGGUGUGUUGCGAUUUGUCAGCAUGAAAAAAGAGGAAAAGAAGGAGGUCGCUGAGGCUUCCAAUCAGGAACAAUCCGCCGCAGAAGUAUCAGUGGUACAUAUUGUGGCAAUUGCACUGGCAAAGGCCAUGAGACAACAUGCAGACUGCUGGAAGGUUAGGAGAGUCAACCUUCCGUAUCUGUUGAUUCAAGGACUGUAUCGAUAUCCAAGCUCUGUCUUGGAUCUUUCAGUGUCAACGAAAACUGGGCAUGUUCAAGCAUUGACCGACUUUCAGUACGACAAAGCCCAAGAUGUCGCCGAUGCCCUCGCAUCUGAAGAAGCGCAAUUGCAAAACGAUUUUCAGACGUUUGAUUGGAUGCCAUGGGCGCUGAAAUGGGUAUGCAGUCUUGGAUCAGCCGCAGAGCCAAAGCAUGGUCGGUGCCUGGUAGUGCUAACAGAAUCCGAUACAGACGAUGAGAACAAGGGAAGCAAAAGCAGGAGCAAUGACGCAGGCAGUAUUGACUUGACUAUAGGGACACUACCUGAUGACUUGGACGUUGUGGUCAUGGUGGGUGGGAUUCGCCUCCAAAGGGCGUCCGUGGGAAGUCCUCUGCGAACGUCACCCCCGAGACCAGUCCUAUCGCUUUCUGUGACCAUCAACACAGCUUCAUUGCUAGACAUUGCUAAGUGCCGUGCCUUUGCAGAGGACCUGCAAAAGCUGGUCCAAUUUCCAGAGCUACUGGAAGAGUGA